AUGGCUGGAGUGGAGACAGAGGGUGUGCAGCGUAUCGCGAGGGGAUUGUUGCCGGUGCAGAACGAAGUGGUGGCGGACUUUCGUGCGGCGAUUGCGAAGGUGUUGCCGGGUGAGGAAGUGCGUGUUGUGGUGGUAGCAUCGCAGCCGCAGUUCGGUGACUUCCAGUGCAACAAUGCGAUGGGUUUGUUUAAGAAGUUUAAAUCUAGUUUGCCUGAAGCCAAGAGUCCGAAGGAUGUGGGCGAGUUGAUCGCAGCUCAGCUGGAACCGGCGCACUACCAGGCGGUGAGUGUGGCUCCGGCUGGGUUCGUCACAGUAAAGUUGGACCCGCGUUGGAUCGCACAAAAAGUGUAUACGGAAGUGUUAGUGGCGACGAAGGAUGCAACGCUGAUUCCGUGUUUGGUAGCGAAGGGUCGCAAGGUGGGAGUGGACUUCAGUAGUCCUAACAUAGCGAAGGAGAUGCACGUGGGACAUUUGCGCUCCACGAUCCACGGCGAGACUUUGUGUCGUGUAUUAGAGUACGUUGGGAAUGAGGUGUGUCGCGUGAACCAUCUGGGAGACUGGGGGACACAGUUCGGUAUGUUAAUAGAGUACUUGAAGGAGUCAUACCCAAACUAUACUCAGGAGCCUCCGAAUCUGGGAGAUUUGAAUGAGUUCUACAAACGAAGCAAGGUUCGUUUCGAUGAGGACGAAGCAUUCAAAGAACGUGCGAGACGCAUGGUCGUGACACUGCAGUCGGGCAAUCCAGAGGCGCGUGCGGCUUGGGAGAUGCUCGUACGUAUUUCGCUACAGGAAUUCGAGAAAGUUUACAAAAGGUUAGGUGUCUCUCUGGAAGCCAAGGGUGAGAGUUUCUAUAAUAGCCUUAUUCCCCAGACCGUGGCCAUGUGCGAGCAACAAGGGUUGGUUGAAACUGUUGAAGGUGGUGCCAAAUGUGUGUUCGAACAUGGUCCGGACGCGCGUAAAAAUGAAGUACCUUUAAUGUUGGUCAAAUCCGAUGGUGGUUAUGGUUAUGAUAGCACUGAUGUCGCGGCUGUCUAUCACCGACUCAUCCAGGAACAUUUCAAGUGGUUUAUUUACGUCACCGAUAAGGGCCAGGAAGAACACUUCCUUAAAGUCUUCCGCUGCGCCGAACGAAUGGGCUGGCACACACCACCGGAGACGCGUCUCGACCACUGCGGCCUCGGCCUCGUUUGCGGCGACGACGGCAAAAAAUUCAAGACCCGCAGCGGCGAGGUUGUAAAGCUCGUCGAUCUUCUCGACGAAGCCGUCAAACGCUCCCUGCACCAACUCAAAGUGCGACGCGGAGACGCUUUGGUCGAAGUCCAGGCAGCUGAGACAGCGGAUAUGCGAACAUCUGAAAUCCAGACGCACAAGGAGGCUGACUCUCGACCGGCUAUGACACCUGCGACGGCUACACAGAUGGUCGAUCCGCAGGUAGCGGAGACGCAGGCGUCAGAGAUGCCCGACGACUCUGAAUUGUACGUGGUCGCCGAGAAAAUUGGAUACGCUGCGGUGCGGUACUUUGACAUGAGUCAGGUACGUACGGGCAACUACAAAUUUAGUUACGAUAAGAUGCUAGAUCCCAAGGGCAAUACCGCAGUCUAUUUGCUAUAUGCGUACGCUCGUGUGUGCGCCGUCUUCCGCAAGGCCGGCGUGGACGAAUCGGCCAUCUACAACCACCUGGAAACAGGGACCGACGCCUUUGCGAUCGGCAACGAGUGGGAACGGAAGCUUGCGCUCCAGCUACUUAAGCUCCCCGAUGCCUUGGACUCCGUACUCCAGGAUAUGAGUAAUCACAAAAUUUGCGAAUACGCAUACGACACAUGCGUCGUCUUCUCCGAAUUCUAUCAACACUGCCGGAUACUCGACGCCCCUGAACGCAACCAACGACUCGCGCUGUGUCUCGCUGUCAAACGUGCUCUCCAAACUGCUUUCCACCUCCUGGGCAUGCAGCCUCUUGAACAAAUCUAA